AUGCCUCAGAUUGGCCUUGAUGUGCAUGCAACUAUCCUCGCGACUAAUUCACGGACGGUCAUCACUCGGACUUUUGUCAACCCAUCUUCGACAGAGGCCAUCCUCGAAGUCUUCUAUUCAUUCCCACUCUACGAAAACCCCAGUAUCGUUGGCUUGAAUUGUCACGUGGGUGAUAGAGUGGUGAAAGGCGUGGUGGGAUCAAAGGAGAAGGCAAAUCAUAUCUACCAGGAAGCAAAGUCCAAGGGUAAGACCGCUGCUAUUCUCGAUCAAUCACAAAAUGCAGCAGAUGUUUUCUCGACACGCCUGGGAAAUGUGCUUGCUGGCGAGACUGUUGAUGGAAUUCGAUACAUGGUUCCUGUUAGCAUCGCACCCCGUUAUGGGGCUGGGACCGGCGAGCCUGAUCCGCCCGGAGGUGUCCUGCUGAAGACAGAGAUCAGGGUGGACAUUAUCGUGGAAAGGUCGACCUUUGAAUCCUGCUACGCAGCAGUCAAGCUUCGCGAGAAUGUAACCAUCCGCGAGGACUUCGUCCUCACUCAAGCACUCAUGAUAACCCUGGUACCCAAGUUCAGCCUACCGUCAGACGCGUCCGAGAUCGUCUUUUUCAUCGAUCGGAGUGGAAGUAUGAGUGGGAAGAUUCCCACUUCCCGGUCCGUCUCAGAGCUGUUCCUCAAAUCAGUGCCGCUCGGCGUGCCUUUCAACAUUGUCUCCUUCGGAUCUUCCCACAAAUCCCUGUGGCCUCGUAGGAAGGUGAGCAGCGAGGAGAGCCUGGCGAAAGCUGUCAGACAUACAAGAAAAAUCAACGCCGACAUGGGCGUCACAGAGAUCCUGGGAGCUCUCCAGGCAGCUGUGAAGAAUCGCUACAAGGACAAGGUUCUCGAGGCACUGGUCCUCACCGACGGAGAUAUCUGGGACCAAAGCACAAUCUUCGACUUUGUCAACAAAGAGAACCAGGAAAAUUCAACGCGUUUUUCUACCCUUGGCAUUGGCAACAGCGUCUUGCAUGCUCUCGUAAACGGCAUUUCUCGAGCAGGCAAAGGGUUCUCCCAGACAGUCAUCAAGAACGAAGAUCUGAACAAAACGGUCAUCCGCAUGUUGAAGGGCGCCCUCAUGCCCCGGCUGUCCAAAAGCAGGCUGGACAUGAAGAUACCCGGGCUUGAUGAGGAAUAUGUGAAUGCAGAGCCUGCCGCAGAACCGAUCUCGUUCUCCAACCAAGAGCACAAAGAAAAGAAAGACGUUGUCGAUCUGCGCCAACCACUUCCAAACUCUCAAUUACCCACAUCUUGCAAGCGCCUACCGAUCUUCCGGCUUUAUUCCCCUUCAUCGGCUUCCAAUUUCUAUGUCCUCUUCUCACAUGAUUCGACAUCUUUCCGCGAAGCGAUCACGCUUCGUGCCGAAAGCAAACAUGGACCCGUGGAGCUUGAAAUUCCCAUCCAGGGCAUCGGCAAGGGCGAGACGCUUCAUCAACUCGCCACUUAA